CGUGUGUGUGUAUAUGUGUGUGUGAGUGCACGCGCGCGCGGGCACGGCGGCGAUCAGCACCAAGGACAGCUGCGCGCGCUCGCGAUAAACGCGGAUUCUUUUUUUCUCUGUUUUUCUUUGUUUUUCUGCUUACAACUGAUAAAAAAACACGAGCAGCGACGACUUCUAUCUUCCUUUAUUCGUUUUCUUUAAAUUCUGUUUAUUCGUUUACCUGUAAAUCUGCUGGAGCUGGAGGAGUGGAUGAAUGCAUGGAUGGAGGGCUGGAUGAAUGGAUGAGGAGGGGAAUAUCAACAGGAGCGCGAGUCAGUCAGUGCGAGCGGAGAUCAGCACCAAGGACAGCGACGCGCUCGUGAGCGAAAAAGCACGCUUUUUUGUAUUUUUGGACAAACCAGCUAAAAAUAUAAAGCAAGCAGGUGUCGACUUUUGCAUUCCUUUUCUUUUUCUUUUUCUUCGCUUACAGCUUGAAGAAUAAAUGAAUUGAUGGAUAGAUGAAUGGACGGAUGGAUAGACGAGUAAAAGGGAAUAUCAACAGGAGCCCAAGUCAUUAAUGCACCCUGGCUUAACAAAAAACUGAACCAACCAUGACCAAACCUCAGCACCAGGGAUCAGCCUAAGCCUAUUGCCCAGUUCAGGGGUCCAGGGGUCUCGCUUCAGGCUCAAGGUUGAGGUGCGCAACUGCUCUCGUCGCAUGCCGUCCUGUGCAUGCACUCUUGCGAGACUGUGAACCAUAAAGGCAAGAACGGACAAGACAAAACAAACAAGAAAACAGACAAACAAUCAUGCGUCUCGUGCUCUUCGCUUUCCUCGUCUCCUGCUCCUGCGCCCGUGGCGGCUGCGAGCCCAAGAUUGUGAACAUCGGUGCCGUGCUGAGCCAGAAGCGAUAUGAGCAGGUGUUCAAGGACGCGGUCAGCCAGGCCAACAACAUCUACGGCAAAGACAAGUUCAAGAUGAACGCCAUCUCCGUCACGCACAAGCCCAACGCCAUCCAGAUGGCACUGUCUGUCUGCGAGGACCUCAUCUCUAACCAGGUUUAUGCCAUUUUGGUGAGUCAUCCGCCUCAGUCCAACGACCACCUGACCCCCACCCCAGUUUCCUACACGGCUGGAUUCUACCGCAUCCCCGUGGUGGGACUGACCACCCGUAUGUCCAUCUACUCUGACAAGAGUAUCCAUCUCUCAUUCCUGCGCACAGUGCCUCCAUACUCCCACCAGGCCCAGGUGUGGUUCGACAUGAUGCGCGAGUUCCGCUGGAACCACAUCAUCCUGAUUGUCAGUGAUGACCACGAGGGCCGGGCGGCCCAGAAGAGGCUGGAGACCCUCCUGGAGGAGAGGGAGACGAAGAGUAAAAACAGGAACUAUGAAAACCUCGACCAACUGUCCUAUGACAACAAGCGAGGACCCAAGGCAGAGAAAGUGCUCCUGUUCAGCCAAGACACAAAUCUGACUGCUCUGCUCCAGGAGGCCAAGGACCUGGAGGCCAGAGUCAUCAUCCUGUCUGCCAGCGAAGACGAGGCCGCAGCCAUUUACAAAGCAGCGCGCCAGCUCAAUAUGACAGGCUCUGGCUACGUGUGGCUGGUCGGAGAAAGGGAGAUGUCUGGUAAAGCACUGAGUGAAGCUCCAGAUGGCUUGCUCGGCCUCCAGCUAAUCAAUGGCAAGAAUGAGUCCGCGCACAUCUACGAUGCAGUGGCAGUGGUGGCCCAGUCCAUCCAGGAGCUCUUUGAGAAGGAGAAUAUCACAGAGCCUCCUCGAGGCUGCGUGGGCAAUACAAACAUCUGGAAGACUGGCCCGCUCUUCAAACGAGUGCUGAUGUCAUCCAAGUAUCCAGAUGGCCUAACAGGCCGCGUGGAGUUUAAUGACGACGGGGACAGGAGGUUCGCCCACUAUAGCAUCCUCAACUACCAGAAGACUCGGCUGGUGCAAGUGGGCGUCUACAAUGGCUCACAAGUUGUUAUGAACACUCAAAGGAAGAUCAUUUGGCCAGGAGGAGAGACUGAGAAGCCAAGAGGCUAUCAGAUGUCAACAAGACUGAAGAUUGUCACAAUUCAUCAAGAGCCCUUUGUUUAUGUGAAACCGACCCUGCGAGACGGAACAUGCAAGGAAGAGUACACUGUGAAUGGAGUCCUGAUCAAAAAAGUGAUCUGCACGGGCCCGAACGAGACCAUUCCUGGUCGGCCCAUAGUGCCUCAGUGCUGCUAUGGGUUCUGCAUCGACCUCUUGAUCAAGCUUGCGAUGACAAUGAACUUCACCUACGAGGUGCAUCUAGUGGCUGAUGGCAAAUUUGGCACUCAGGAGCGUGUGAAUAACAGCAACAAGAAGGAGUGGAAUGGCAUGAUGGGAGAGCUCCUGGGAGGCCUGGCAGACAUGAUCGUGGCUCCACUCACAAUCAACAAUGAACGAGCCCAGUACAUAGAGUUCUCCAAACCAUUUAAGUACCAAGGGCUAACUAUCCUUGUCAAAAAGGAAAUACCACGCAGUACGCUGGACUCGUUCAUGCAACCCUUUCAGAGCACUCUGUGGUUACUGGUGGGUCUAUCGGUCCAUGUUGUGGCGGUGAUGCUCUACCUAUUAGACCGUUUCAGCCCAUUUGGAAGGUUUAAAGUGAAUAGUGAAGAGGAAGAAGAAGAUGCCCUCACCUUAUCCUCGGCUAUGUGGUUCUCCUGGGGUGUACUGCUGAACUCCGGUAUAGGAGAAGGUGCCCCACGGAGCUUUUCAGCCAGGAUUUUAGGUAUGGUGUGGGCAGGUUUUGCUAUGAUUAUAGUCGCAUCUUAUACUGCCAAUUUGGCAGCCUUCCUAGUGCUGGAUCGGCCUGAGGAGCGCAUUACCGGCAUCAACGACCCUAGGCUGCGAAACCCAUCAGACAAGUUCAUCUACGCCACAGUCAAACAGAGCUCUGUGGACAUUUACUUCCGCCGUCAAGUUGAGCUGAGCACCAUGUACCGCCACAUGGAAAAGCACAACUACGAAAGCGCAGCGGAAGCCAUCCAGGCCGUGCGAGACGGCAAACUCCACGCGUUUAUCUGGGAUUCAGCCGUGUUGGAGUUUGAAGCCUCGCAGAAGUGUGACCUGGUCACCACGGGCGAGCUGUUCUUCCGCUCUGGGUUCGGAAUCGGCAUGCGUAAAGACAGCCCAUGGAAGCAAAACGUUUCCCUGGCCAUUCUCAGCUCUCAUGAGAAUGGCUUCAUGGAGGACCUGGAUAAAACCUGGGUGAGAUACCAGGAAUGUGACUCCAGGAGCAAUGCCCCAGCCACACUCACCUUUGAGAAUAUGGCAGGCGUGUUUAUGUUGGUGGCUGGUGGCAUCGUCGCCGGGAUCUUCCUCAUCUUUAUCGAGAUCGCAUACAAGCGUCACAAAGAUGCUCGUAGGAAGCAGAUGCAGCUGGCCUUUGCGGCGGUAAACGUUUGGAGGAAGAACCUACAGGAUAGGAAAAGUGGUAGAGCAGAGCCCGACCCCAAAAAGAAAGCCUCUUUUAGGUCCAUCAGUACCAACCUGGCCUCCAACAUCAAGAGACGUAGGUCCUCCAAAGACACGCCAUAUCCCACGGACAUUACCGGCCAGCUCAACCUAUCAGACCCCUCUGUGAGCACAGUGGUGUGAAGGCAAGCGAGGAUGAAGCAAGAGAGAGAGAUAGAAUGAAAGAGAGAGAGCUAGAGGGAAUGAGAGAAAUACAGAGAGAGCGAGAAAGAGAGACUUGGACAAUGGACUAGAAGCAGGAGGUGGAGAUGGAGGAGGAGGACGUGAUGGCAGGUUGGGAGGGGUUGACUGACACUGAGCCAAACCCGCACCAAACCCGCUGAUCCCUAGCUGCCGCUGCUGCUGCUACUGCUGCCCCGCCAUCUGAGCAUCCGAGCAUCUGAGCCAACGACAUGCUCAUCUGAACAAAAAACAACAGGAAAAAAAAGAGACAAAUAUGGUGAAAUCCAUCGCACAUCCCCCUCACAACCCGCUCCACCUCCCAGACCUCUGCGAUGCUGAACAUGCACUGGACUCUGAUAUCUCAUGAAUGAAAAAACUGUGCCAAAAACAACAAAAAAACCCACAGGAUGUGCACUGCCACUGUCAUUAUAUGCUGCCAUUGUGCACCAACAAAUACCCAAUCCAACUAACACACAGACUUUACUAACAUCCAGAUUUUUCGAAGCUUUCAGCACAAUUAAUAUAGAUUUAGAGCACACACACACACUCACAGCUAAUGCAAGCUUAAUCUGUUACACGUCGUAUUUCAUAUUUCUUUCUCACACACGCACACAUACAUAUAUACAUACUGUAUGUUCCUAUUAAAAAUGAGGAACAACUUAAAUUUACAAUAAUUUAAAUUUACCUACUGGCUUAGAUCCCCCUCUCAUCAUACAGCAUAUCAUAUGUAUACAACAUAUAUAUACACACGACUUCAACCUUCACCUUUCUACCUCCACCUAUACCCACAUAAUUACACUCUAAUACCGAGAUUACAGUAAAUGUAGCUAUUUUGAGCACUUACUUACUUUUGCUACAUAUAUUUCACAUCUCUCUAUAUAUAAAUAACAUAUAAAUAUAUAUAUGUUUGUUCCAUUUGUGAGGACAUUUUGUUAUAUUGCACAUAUAUACAUAGAACUAAAGGAUUAGCUCUGAAAUCGCUAUUUGUAUUACUAUUUGUAUUACUGUACACUGUAUUAGACUAGGUAUUUAGAUAAUAGUAGCCUAUAAUAAUAGGUUGUACACUAAGGGUGAAUAGAGCUGUAGAGUACUGUAAAUAUGAUGCUAAAUGCUGUAGCUGCAAAAAAAAAAAAAAAAAACUAAACUAAACAAAAUAAGAAGUUUGGCACAUUUCGGGUCCUUGUUGCACUUUUUGCUGUAUAUCCUGUAUAUCCCACAGAGUGUUCGACAUACAGAAAUACUAUAUAGAUAAAGCUCUCUCUCUCUCCACUGCCUUCUCCGAAACACUGAGUCCUAACGUGGUCCGGAUCACUUUAAUAGACAACGAUACUGUGUGGACACUUGAUUGUUUGAAUUUUGUUACAUUUUUGUUAAUUUAUUUACUUAUUCUUUCUUUUUUUUUGCUUUUGUAUGUAUGUAUUUUUUCAUAAAUUACGAUAUUUCUUAAGAUAAGCUCAACAAGUGAUCUACUAACACGAAGGGGUCUUUCUGGAACGCCGAGUUGCGAAAUGUAGCAGAACUUGUAUGUUUUUCAUUUUUUUUGUAUUGAACAACUAAGGGUUCUGACUCAAAAGCAAUGAAAGGAACCCUAACAAACAUAAAAAUGUGGCGUAGAUAUAAUGAUAUGGCUAUUAUUACAGGUUGUUUUGAGUGGACAUUUUGAAUUUUUUUUUUUUUCCCUGCUUGAAAUUUCCUGUAAUGAUUUCAGUAUCAUUAUCUGAUGUUAGCAUGGUAGCAUGCCUCCUUCUGCUACCGAUGCUAUAGGGUAACUUUCAUUAUUGUCAACUGUUUUAAGCUAAGAUUUGUAAUCAGCAAUCUGUGUUGUAUUAUCUGUGUAACUAACACUCAAAUCUGUAUGUGUAUGUAUAUGUUUUAGGGGUGGCAAGAUAAUAACAUUUUAUUUUUAAUGUGCCAAUACAGAUAUUGAUAUUGCAAACGACCAAUCUCAAAGUAUCUACCAGCAUUAGUCAGUCAGAAACCUUGUUUUUCCUCUUUAUUAAACAAAGCUUUUAAAGCGCCAGUCUGUAGGUUUUGAGGAUUUAGGGAUUUAGUGACCUCUCUGGUCAGAAUGUGUUAUUGCAGCAGAUUUUAAAAAUUAAUUAAUUAUUUAGUUAUUUGUUUGUUAAUUUAUUUGCUAUGAUUGCUUAGAUACCAAUCAUGCCAGAUCUUUUUUUCAAGACUUUGCAUGUGACCUAAAUACAUAAAGACAAACUUGACAAAACCUACCUAACAAGACCAUUCUGUUUUCUCUGUUUUUAGAAAAAAAUAUAUAUAUUUAUUAUAUUUAAUAUAUGAAAUAGUCAUGGCAGCACACUUGAUAGCAUUUUUUAAAUAUUUGUCUCAUUUCAACUUAGAAAUACCACUUCUUUUAAUAAUAAUAAUAAUAAUAUUAAUCUUAAGAACUGCUGCUUUAAUAAUAUUGCAAAAUUUGUCAGAAUGCAAAACUACUUUCCUUACAAUUAAGCCUAUAGUGCUAAUUUUACAAUGUAGCUUUAUUUUCUAUGGGUUAGGCAUUUUCUAGAUUUUCUUGAGUUAAAAAAAAAAACAUAGAAUUAUACUUAUUUUUUAUCCUGUAUAUUUGAGAUUUCAAUGUUUUUAGCCAUUAUCGGACCAAUAGCGAUAACUGAUACUCAAUAUCGAAUCGGCACACCCCAAGUAAAUAUAUAUCUACACAUAUAUAUGAUGACUUACACCAUUGUACCUGUGUAUAUUUCCCUCAUUCUCUGUUGUUACCAGCUUCUUCUCUCUGGGCGAGCUAUAAAUGAAUGGUCACCUGCAAACAGAGAUCAUGUGACGCAUUGUGAAAAAGUGGAAAUGUUUUUUUUUUUUUUCAUAUUCUGUGGCUUGUGACAGUGAUCAGUGCACUGACGAAUGAUACGAGUACCACUAAGUCGAACACUGUAUCGCACUUUUUACGUCUUUCGUCGAAACAAUCAGUCUGAGGGCUUUGAUUCACUCGUGUGAGAAGUUACGAAUGUGACCUACGAACCUGUUCAGCUACGAGUUAUGAAACUGAUAUUUUGUAUGCUUAAAUUCAAUGGGAGCAGUUCUUUUUUUAGACAUCUGAAGCUGUACUGCUGCUGUUCUGCAGUGUCUGGUAGAGAUCAAGUGGAGUUUCAAGUGGAUCUGUGUCAGUAGAAUGUCAUCAGUAUUGUCAGCUUAGGCUUGGGCUUGGGCUUUGGCUUGGGCUUUGGCUUGAGUUUACGAAGCUUUGACGUUGAAUCGAAUUAAUCAGCGGGUGAAAUUCUUCUUGUAAUGCUUCUUGUAAAGCAUUUGAGUAUAGUAUUUAACUGUGACUUAAUGGAUCAAGAGCUCAUCAAGUUUUCGUAAAGUCUUCUGUAGACGUUUUUUUGUUUUUCAGCAUUUUAUCGAUGAGUGACGAUGCGUUAACAAAAGUGUAUUUAUUGUGGCUACUAUGAUGAAAACAUAGCAUUAGGAUACUGUAGCUAAGAUAGUGACUGGGAUGUCAAUGUUCAGUGGGUGCUACUUUGCUACUGUGUGGAAAAUAAAGUGCAAAAGCUUACAAAGCUUUUUUUUAAAAAGUGGGUAAGGUCAUUUAAGGAAGAUGUUCAUGUUACUGAUGUUUAUGUAUGUGGUACAGGACCUGAAUUACCUGUCCAAUCAAUCCACUGUUGUACACCAACAUUGUGAUUUGCUGUAUUUUUCUGUAUAUUUCUGUAAUUCUGGGGCUUUAAAGAUAUUUUACAAUAGGUAAACAAAGCUCUCAUUAUGUUUUCUACCACCAAAUGUGCUUUUGAAGGUCAUUCCUACUGUGUGACAUGAACAAAUAAUUGAAGAUCUAUGUUGAAAAUGUAUAAAUCUAUAUGCCAAUAAAAUAAAUGAGAUGGAAAAAAACCCACUGAACCUGUGAAUUA